AUACCUGUGUCACGUGUAGAUAAAUAUAGAUCGAAAGGGAAUGGCGGAUAUUCCUAAGUGGAGGUAAUGUCGAAGAUCGCCAUCUCAGAAAUGAAAAUCAUCUACUUUAUUUCGCUAUUGUGUCUGAGUUGUGAUGCUGUGCCACUUCCGCGAUGGAUACACAGAGUGAGUUCAUGUCCAGAGGCAAACAACAUAACAGCCUGGAAAGCAGCUUCAGAGAAACUCAACUGUCUGUAUGAUCUCACUUCCGAUGAUCCAGCUCAACAAAAAAUGGUUUACCAUUGUUUGGCCAGUACUUACCUAAAUGAAACAGUCGAAUUCUGUGGCAGAAGUGUGCCCAUCGCACCUGUAUUACAGUUUCAACAACAGCAUUGAACACAACAGAUGAACUGUCCACAGAAAGAUCAAUCACGUAAGAAAGUUUUAUGGGAGUUUCUCUGAUAUUUUGAAGCUAUUAAUCCUUGCAUACCACGAUUUGGACCCACAUAUUCCGCCAAACAUGUGGAUCCAAAACCGUGGUAUGAGAUAACUAAGUGAUCAUAAAAGACAUAAGCUGAAGUCUCUGGUUUUUUUUUUUUGUUUUUUUUUUUUAGGAAUGACGUAUCACAAAACAGAACACGAAGUGAAAGUGGUAUUUCAUACGUGGUACGGGAGAGUAAUGGAAACCUAGUUUUGAUGGUAAUCUCCGGGAUUCUGGGAGGAGUGCUACUGACAGUUAUCCCGAUUUUCCUCUUUAUCAGUC